AUGGAAACCAUUGUCGAUCUGAUCCUCACCCCGUUUAGGGAUAUCGUCGACAAGGGGAGAACAGCUAUCCAGAAUGCUGGUGACACACAGCCCAUGCUCAAGGCCUCUCAGGCCCUGCUGAAGGAAGGCGAGCGUGCUCUAAAGAAGAUAGAGCCGCUAUGCAAGAAGCACUUUGACGACUAUGGGCCGGCCUUUCUUGAAGCAGUGAAAGACAAUGAGGACAUUGCCCAGUUCCGAGUCCAACUUACCGACAUGCUGUGGGAGUUUGACGAUUAUAUCGAAGUAGAUGACUUUGAUGCCGACAAGUUUACCGAGCUUCAGAUGAUGUCGCGAACAGCUGCACCCAAGAUUUAUGAUAUCCUCUUGAAGAUGAAGCUCGAGGCGCCGGUCCAGUCAUUCAAUCAAGAGCAUUUCAUGUCACAACUGUCACCUCCCUCAUCGCCUCAUCCCACGCCAACGAUGCUUCUACCACCCAUGAUGCCCAACAUGAUGCCCACCACAGCACCGCCUUCAACAACUGGCCCGGUUGAGAAUGCCAACGAGCAGUUGAGUGUGAUACUUGAUAAGGCGUUCAACAGCGACAGCAACACCCUCGAGCUCAUCUCUCAACCACCCCCAGCGCCACCUCCAGACAGGGCCCUGCCUCCUCCGCCGCCGCCGCCACCGGCAACACUGGAACAACUGCCCCCAAGACCACCCUCAACGAACCCGUGGGACAUUAGAGUCAAGACUGUCGCUUCUGACGAUGAACGGCCACGUGAUGCCCCUUCAGCACGCCGAAGGCCGCCUGUUGAGCCAGCUCUCCACACACCGGUUGAAGGAACAUCACCAAUCAGCCCGUAUACUACCUCUAGAAACUUUUCAAUUCCGCGUCCCAACCACCCGGAUAGUGCUCGCAGCUCUGGGUUGCUUCAGGAAUACACGAGCGAUUCAGAGGACAAGCAUUCGUCCAUGGCCACCACAAUCAGCAGCCAAUUGUCAAACUACAGCAUGAGCCCUACUCAAACUUCACGGCCUCGAGCACCAAGCAAUCACAGCAACCCCACCUAUAGCAGCAGCACGCCAACUAUACCCGAGGAAAUGCUAAAGACCCAAAAUAUCAGGUCGAGGAGCACUUCACGACAACGCCCUGCGGUCAUGUACUCACCGAUGCCCUACAGAUCGCAGCGUCCACGCCAGCCAUCGCACCCAACCUCGGCUGAUGAGCGAAUGGAUGACGCUAGGACUAUUCGCAGGAAUGAUUCAUUCAGGAACGAUUCAUUAAGCGAGCCCGGACAUCAAGCUAUGGAGCGUAGAGAGUCUGACGCCGAGAGCUUAAUCGACCCGAAUCCUCUACCCAUCAGCACAAGAGGAUCCGUUGCCGACCCCGGGCCGCCGGUAGCUCCUAACCCAGAGCCGCCGCUACCAACAAAAGAGCAGCAGCAGCAGCAACAACCAGGGCUCGAGCUCGCUCGCCGCAACACAGGCCUUACCUUGUCCGAUGGUAUGGAUAGUGGCUUGAUUCCAGUAGACUCCUCUGUGCCUGGAGCUCAUCUGGCGAACCUACCACCGCAGGAUCUGUCCAUCGACAAUUUCAGUUCAUUUUACGUGCAGAAGCAAUUCUGCGCUGGAGCGACCGACGUUAUAAACGGAGGAAUUGGUGUCAAGAGACAAAAGAAACCUGGCCUCACCACAGCCGUGGUUGCUAAAUGCACGCAUUGUCUGUAUGAGCUCGACUUUAAGCACCUGGAGUAUGAUAUUAGCAAGAAAGAGGAGGGUAACUACACCAAGCAUGGCGUUGGAUACCGCCUCCGUUUCUUGCAUAAGAGCCACCUGCAAGCCAAGCGCGUUGAUGAUAUCAUGUAUGCCUGCGUCUUUUGCAUCCACACCAGUCGAACACUGGACCAGAGCGACGCCACGGUCUUCACAUCUACAGCUGCAUUGUUUGCCCACUUGGCCCGGCAUCCUCGGCCACUUCCAGAUGUCCCUGGUAUCGCUGUAGUGGACCAAGAAGAGAUCCCACCGCAUCUGGUCAACGAUUACGAUCUCCUCUUCAAGAGCCCUCCCGAACCUCACCCUGUACAGGAAAGAGCUGCCGAGAUUGCCCAUCUCCCUACAGCUCAUGCAAAAGAAUCAGCUCGAAGACUUUUCGGCCAGAGACUGCUACCUGACAGAACACCAGCCUUGGAGCUGAUUCAAGGAGCCAAGAUUACGGGGCUGACUUGGCCAGCUCGAUAUGGCGGAGAGUGGGCUUUCGGCUGGCACGACGGUGUUCACGCGUCGAUUCCAAUGGAAAUCAUAAAGCUGGAUCGACCCCCAUUCAGCCAGAUCAAGAGAAACAACACGAGCCGCAUCCGUGCUAAGGCUAAGUGGAAGUUUGCUCCCAAGGAAAAGAACGAGGACUGGCUCAAGUUUGACAAGGACGAAAUCAUCACCAACAUCACUUGGUCAUAUCCCGAGUAUUGGUGCUGGGCCGGUACAAACUCAAAGGGCAAAUGGGGAGUCUUCCCCCAGGCGUUCCUCGACUCGAACUCGCUGCAAGAGAUUACAUCGACCAUCAGCUCAGACCGCGCCAGCAUUCUCAGCAGCGAGAAGAACAAGUCGAACACUAUGCUGCCCAAGUUUUCCACCCGGAGCAAGAACGGACGGCCGCCGAGCGUCGCCGGAUCGACAAGCAGUGGAGAAACACGAUCGGUAUUUGGAAACUCAAGGAGCCUUCGACGAUCGCGAGAGGAUUACUGA